GUGUCGAGUUCUCAGUGAGUCGACUCACUGACCAGCGGACACCAUGAACCCUCCACCUCCAUCUCUCAGGCACCAUUCAUUCACUUUCCUCCCCCAAAACCCUAAUACUAACAUGUUGAACACGGUAACUCCAAACCCUGACCUCACCAGCACCCUCUCUGCCCUCAAAGCCCUAAUCCACCAAUCCGAAACCGCCGUAACCUCCACCCACAACCUCCUCCACCACCAUUGCUUAGCCGCUCUCAGUCCGUGCCCCUUCGACCCACGCCACCGCAUGCCGCCGGAGUUCCUCUUCCGGCACCACCUCCGAUGCCCUUCAUCACAUUUUCCUCCUCUCGACCCCUCCAUUCUCCAAUCCCUUCGCUACCCCAAAACCCUCCAAUCCCAAAGCCCAAAUUCCUUUCUGCAACCCCUUCGUGACUCCAAUUCCGAACUAUGCUUCUCCCUGGACCAGUUCGGGGAUUUCGGAUCGAAUUUCUUCUACCGGGAUUGCCCUGGAGUGGUGGAGCUCGAUAGCCCUCAUAGGACUUUGACUCUUCCUGGAUUAUUAUCAGUUGAAUGUGCAAAUUUUGUUGGUGUUGGCGAUGAUGGAAGAAUUGGAGGGGCUUCUAGGGAGUGUGUUAGGCUUCUUCCAUCAGAGCUGUGGGAAUUUAGAAGGGAAAUUGGGCUGUGGAAUGAUUUCCCGAGUUCGUAUUCCUACGCUGUACUUCGGGUGGUUUUGUGUGCGGAAAUGGUCAAAGAGGGUGAUUUCUUGAAGUGGGUGAUCGCAAAUUCGCCUUGGUAUGGUGUUGUGAUUGAUGUGGCUAUGAGGGACCAUAUAUUUGUGCUGUUUAGGCUUGUUUUGAAAGCAAUUGUAAGGGAGGCGAUUUCUUGGGAUGAAGGGAAAGGUUUGGAGAUGAAUUCAAAAACUAUGAGUUUAGAGUGUCCCAAUUUGGUUCAAGCAAUGAUGUGGUUAGCUUCUCAAAUCUCUGUUUUGUAUGGUGAAGCGAAUGGGAAGUUCUUUGCUAUAAACAUGCUUAAGCAAUGCCUAUUCAAUGUGGCAUCAGGGUUGGUGUUGUUUGCAUUGGAGGAAAAUGUGAGUGUAUCCCCUGCUUCAAAACAAGUUUCCGGGAAUGUCGAUGCUGAUGUCAAUAAUAUCAGGAAUGCUAAACUUGAGCCACCUCAAAUGGGUACAGAGUACUAUGAAAGGGCAAUUUUUGUGUCCCAAGUAGCAGCGGCAGUUGCAGCAUUGCAUGAAAGGUCCUUACUGGAACAAAAGAUCAAGAGUUUGCGACUUUCUCAGCCAAUUCCAAGAUAUCAGCUGAUGGCUGAGCAUGCUUGUUUGACAGCAAGAGCUGAUGAAGAACGUAAAAACAAUCCCAACUAUAAACCUAUACUCGAACAUGAUGGGCUUCUUUGGCAGCGAUCACGUAACCAGGAAUCGAGCAACACUAGGACAAGAGAAGAGCUAUUGGCUGAAGAAAGGGAUUACAAACGCCGAAGAAUGUCAUAUCGUGGCAAGAAGUUGAAGCAAACAACAACAGAGGUGAUGAGGGAUAUAAUAGAAGAAUACAUGGAGGAAAUCAAGCAGGCUGGAGGGAUAGGAUUCUCUGUGAAGGGAGCUGAAGAGGGAAAUGUACCUCCAUCCAAACUACUUUCUCCUCAUGAUUCAUCGAUAGACACUUAUGAGCUGGAAAAAAUUAUGCACACUUCAUCUGAAUCAAGAGGAGGCUCACAAGAUCUCAGGAAAGAAUUACCUUCUGAUUAUAAAGUCAGAUCUACAAGAUCUGAUUAUUCUUAUUCUGAUGAUCAUGAGCAGCAUAGAAGAGUAUCACAUGGGUAUGAUGGGAAUCUGGAAUAUCAUAAAAAAAGCUUCAGUAGGGAUAAACAUGAUAGGGAAUACAAUCCCAGAAGCUCAGAAAGGAACAGAAGUGAUGGGCGGUCACAUGAGCAGACUAGGCAUAGGAGCAAGCGAGGUGAUGCUGAAGUGACUAGGGUCAAGCAACAUGAACUAUCUUCCAGCAUGCCCAAAUAUCGAGAUAAUAGAGCAUUUUCAUCUGUAUCAAAACGUGUGAAUGAUUCCACCAUGGAAAGAGAUGAUAGAAGAUCAGAAGCUAAAGAUAGAUGGCAGAGGAAAUCAUAUGGAAACAAUUUAUCAGAAUCAAUGGUCCAAAACUCAUUUGAUGAUAGGUACGAUCCUUCAGCAUCUGAUGAUAUAUGUGAGAAUGAUAUUUCCUCUUGAAGCAAGUGCGUCAAGCCAGACGAAUUAUAUAGAUGAAAUGGCAUUGCGAAUUUCAAUUACCAGCUGAAUGACUAACCAGCAAAAAGAACAUUAAACCCUCAGUAGUUCUUUCACAAUUUUGGAUUGCAACAACUUCUGCCACUUUUGCUCGAGAAACCAAGAAGCUGGUGGGUCUCCGGUCAUGCCAUGGCUUUGGUAUCUUCAUCUCUGCUCUCUGUCACGAUACAGAUGUAAGUAGGGCUUAAAUGGGCAAUAUUUAGCUUCUUCUCACAAAUUACACAAAUGGAGGAAACAGGCAUUCUUAUAUUUUCCAGGUAUGGGAACAAUGUUUUAGUGGAAUAAGUUGAUUAGAUUUUCUUACUUAACAAAGAAUAGGUUCGUAUUUGUAGCAUUUUUCUCUUUCUGAUGAAGGUUGUUGGGGUAGGAAGAGAAUGAAACCAACCAACCUUCAACAAGUUUGAUCUUGCCUUUUUUUCAUUACUAAUCUCUACACACUAAACUCAGAAAAAAUCAUCUGAUUUUGAUGAAUUUUUGGCACUCUCUCGAGAAGCAACUUUGCUUGGUAAACCUAUUUACAUUGAGGGGAUGUUUGGAACCUUGAAGAUUGAUUUUAGGAAUGGACAUAGGAAUCAAAAGUU